CGUACAUGAAAAGUACAAGGACUUCUUGUACACUUGGACAAAUAUCGAACGAAGGCAUGCGAUGCCUUCUGCAGGUUGCCACUUGCCGGUGAACUUCUACCCUUGUCUCCAGCGCGACCUUCAUGUUGAAUUCAAGGACUUGUUCUGCGAACCACCGGCAAAACGUCAUAUUAUGCAGGGCUCGCUGCUGGGCGAACUUUUUAUAAGCUCAAGAGUGGGACUGUAGUACCCCGCUGUCAAGAAAACAAUCACACAGCAGCCGGACAGAGGAACAAUCUUCACUCAAGAAAACGCUAUACAGCAAUGGUUUUUGCCCAGAACACAUCGCAAAGGAAGCGUCCGAUGUGCCACAAGUGCGGGUCGACCAUGGCGGGCCAUACGCGGAAGAACAACAUGUUCGUCUGCCCCGGGCCUGCUGAGCGUAAACCGCACCUUCUUUUAGAUCCCGACACACCCCCACCUACAUACGAGUUUCGCGGCUUCCAGGUUCCUCCUGGCGACCGCUGGCACUGGCGAAACCCUAAUUGGGUCUCGCCACCCCGCGAAAGACGACAUGAGAAGGCUCACCGCGAUGUGUCUCUCACACCCACAGAGCCUCUGUCCGAUGAAGGGUCAGGAAAGGAAAACAUGUCGCCCCCAACUGUGGAGCAUUCUCCUAGUCCUGACUAUCCAGGCGACGACUGGGCCGAUAGUUCAGAUCCUUUGUACUACUAUCCCAACUUUUCUAUCAAGGAGGAAUCCCCCGAACCACAGGUUGAUUCCUACAUAUCGGGCUGCCCUCACUCACCGCCUCCCCGCCAAUGGUCCUCGUUCUCGCAGUCGCCUAUCACCGACGUAAGCCUUAAUAUGGCCCUCCGUGCAGGCACGCCACUGUACAGCGUGUACCGUGUUCCGCGUCAAGACAUUCCGAAAGUCCAACGCACUGCACAACGGGAGGGGAAACUCCUUAGCGUAAUGGAAGCCCCUCCCGCACACCUCGCCAAGAUCCCGCGUGAGAAAUCACAGGAGACGGUGUGGGUCAUCCUCAGUGAUCGUGAGGAAGACCUCAAGUAUGCAGUACAUUCCCAACACAUGCCAGGCGCCUUCGCCCAGAGUACGAUGGCGGACUUCAGCGACUCUGAAACUAACGCAGGAGUUCCAGUUAUGCAGAACGCACCGUGCUGCAAUACUGUGGAUCAGCCCGUAAUGCGCAAUUCGACCUUUGACCAGUCGAUGUAUAGCAUUCCUGGUGGGCUGGCAGUUCAAGGGACCUUGCGAUCAGCUGGUCAUGGGUUUCUUCAGAUGGCAUUUGCGGGGAUUAUCGGUGGCCUUGUCGUCACCUACGGACGGGCCCUAUUGUAGCGAUUCGGGGCGACUAUCCAUCAGUGGUUAUUGGGUUGGAAAUGGGCAAGUGGGCAUUGUACGUUACUUUUUCUCGUUGCACUUCAGAUACGGACGGUCUAUGAAAAUUUCUGCCACUAUAUGCCUUAUGUAUUGUUUUAUUAUGCUCUAUGCCAACUUUUCUUAUGAUCGAUCACUUUAGUCACUGUGAUAUUGAGACGGUUCAAGGAUACAGUACUCAGU